UCCGCAAGAGGGCGCAGUCUCUAUUAUCUGUGGAUGACGUCACGUGAGAGCACGGCCACGUGCGGAGGCUAAUUUAAAUGAGGUCGGAGUGGCAUUGCCAGGCUGUAUGCUUUGACAACAACCUGCAGACAUGAAGUUCGUCCUGGUGUUGAUGGUAUCUGUACUGGCCCUCACCCUGGCCUGCGAGAAAGGGUCGGACUGCAACGCCAACGAGUGCUGCCUCAUUCAGGAGGAUGGCAGCCAGGUGUGUAAGCCACUCAAACAAGCAGGAGAAGAGUGCCAGGUGCUGAGUGGGCUCAACCUGUACGGAAGGCCUGAGGCUCCGGUGACGGAGUGUCCGUGUGAGCGAUUCAUGCGGUGUCUGUCUCUGUCCCUGUCUGCCACCCUGGGUGCCAGAGGUAUGUGUCGGGGACUGCUGCUCAGCUAACUCGCCCCCUUGCCGACUGGUCAGCUGGUCAUCUCACUGCGAAUGUGCAACAAUAAACGCCUUUACAAAAAUCA